AAGCCAGCGCCUGCAUGAGGCCUGAGUCAGGGCAGGGCAGCAGCGGGCUCCCCAGCUGCCUUCCCCGCAGCCCCCAUCAUCUCCCAGAAUAAACUCAAGCCAGUGGCGGUGGGGGCCUGCGUCAGGGCGGACAGCAGGGCGGUGACUCCCCGGCAGGCUGGCCGGCUAUAUAAGCCGAGGGCUCGGGUUUGUGCCGCAUUCCUGCCACGCCUGCCGAGCGGUGCCUGUAGAGACCCUCCCACACCAUGUCCCAGGCCGGCGCCCCGGAAGCCCCCAUCAAGAAGAAGCGGCCACCUGUGAGGGAGGAGGACCUGAAAGGAGCCCGAGGGAACCUGGGCAAGAACCAGGAGAUCAGGAGCAAGACCUACCAGGUCAUGCGGGCCUGUGAGCAAGCCGGCUCCACGGCCCCCUCCGUGUUCAGUGGCUCCCGGACUGGCACCGAGACUGUCUUUGAGAAGCCGGGAGCCGGGCCUGCCAAGAGCGCCCUGGGCUGAGGGGGCGCCACCUCCUGGCCUCCCCCAGCCUGGAUGCCAGCCGGCUGGCCUGCCUGAGAGGCCACCAGGAGUUUGCUUUACAUCGGAACACGCCCACCUCACCUGCUGCCUUGGCCCAGGCCCUGCAGCCGCCCAGGAGCAAUAGACCGCCCAGCCGUCCCGGGGAGAAGGGGGGAAGGGGGGCAGCCAAGAUCAGGAGGGUGGCCUGCAUCACUGAAUGCCGCGCGCUCCUCAAACUGCCGUGUCAUGUGUUGUGUGUCUUGUGCAUCGCCGCACCACCAGCCAAGAAUAAAACAGCCCAAGGGCGCUGACUGACA